UCCGCCAGGAGAGUGGGAACAAUGAAGUCAUCUUCAUGGCCUUGGACUUGGCCAGUCUGGCCUCAGUGCGGGCCUUUGCUACUGCCUUCCUGAGGUCUGAGCCACGGCUGGACAUCCUCAUCCACAAUGCUGGGAUCAGUUCCUGCGGACAAACCCGUGAGCCCUUUAACCUGCUGCUGCGAGUAAACCACAUCGGCCCCUUCCUGCUGACACACCUGCUGCUGCCCCGGCUGAAGACAUGCGCCCCUAGCCGCGUGGUGGUGGUAGCCUCAGCUGCCCACCGGCGAGGGCGCCUUGACUUCACACGCCUGGACCGCCCGGUGGUGGGCUGGCAGCAGGAGCUGCGAGCAUAUGCCGACAGUAAGCUGGCCAAUGUAUUGUUUGCCAGGGAGCUCGCCACACAGCUUGAGGGCACUGGCGUCACCUGCUAUGCAGCUCACCCAGGGCCUGUGAACUCAGAUCUGUUCCUGCGUCAUGUUCCUGGAUGGCUGCGCCCACUUUUGCACCCACUGGCUUGGCUGGUGCUCCGGACACCAGGAGGCGGUGCCCAGACGCCCCUGUACUGCGCUCUACAGGAGGGCAUUGAGCCCCUCAGUGGAAGAUACUUUGCCAACUGCCAUGUGGAGGAGGUGCCUCCAGCUGCCAGAGACGACCGGGCAGCUCACCGGCUGUGGGUGGCCAGCAAAAAGCUGGCAGGGCUUGGACUGGGAGAGGAUGCCGAAUCGGAUGAAGACCCCCACCCUGAGGACUCAGGGACCCCAUCUUCUCUGAGCAGCCCCCACCCUGAAGAGCCCACCGUUUCCGAACCCUAUCCCAGCCCUCAGAGCCCACCAGACCUGUCUAAGGUCACACACCGAAUUUGGGUUAAAGCUGAACCUGAGCCCCAAGCCUCUUAACCCCCCAGCUGGGAUGCUUGCUAUGACACUUGGUGGCCCUGGAAAACCUUAGCUGUGUGCCAGUCCCUGGCCUGGCCAUGGAGGAGUUUGCAGUUUUUACCUCCAUGGUUACUUUCUGGGGGCUUCAAGGUAUGACCUGGACAGCUCUUUUCCUAGGGGAAGGAAAUAUAGGUGGUUAUUUCUUCCUGAGAGUGACCGUAAGCCUAGUUUGAGAAGCUGUGUGUUGCGUGUAGUGUGCCAGACACUGCUUCUCAGGAAUUUGAACGUCUUCUUUGUGAGGUCCCACCUCAGUGACGCUGAGCAGCUCUGGAUGCAGGCCAGGGAGUCUGUCACUUGAUGUACUGCCAAUAUUGGGAACUACUGAACUGGCGGCAACCACGUAGCUAGAUAGUCAAAUUACCCCCGUUUUACAGAAACAAGGUUAGGCAGCAGAGGUAAGAGGACUCGCCCAAGGUCUCACCGCUAGGAAGAGUCGGGACUGAGAUUUGAACCCGGGUCCGGCCGCAGGGCCAGCUGCUCUAAGGUGGAUGCUGGAGAGGUGGGGCAGGGCGGGGCCGGGCGGUUGUUAUGGGGCGCCCCGUGGGAACAGAGGGACGCUUUCCCGGUGCUUCCGGGCUGAGCCCCGCCAUCCCAACCCGCGUGCAAUAAAGCGCGUUGCCCA